CCACGCCCUGGGAGAACCGGAGCGCAGCAGAGCCAGAAGCUUCUAGAGGAAACCCAGGUGCUGGUGGAGAUGAGCGAGGGCAGCUUGGAGACUGUCGCGCUCCCACCGCUCCAGCUUUCGGAGGAGGGGGGCGCACCCCGGGCUCCCGCGGACGCCAGCUCUACCCCCCAGCUCCCAACUGCUGGGGCUCACGGUCGUGGAGGGGCCCGAGUGGGACUAGAGGAGGUCGGGCCACCCACAGAGGACAGGGAAGCAACCUCUGCCUCUGGGGCAGCCAACAGCAGCCUGGGAAAUGGUUUUCAGGGUGAAACUGGCGGGGAGAAGGCCCCAGAAACCUGUGACACCGGGAGAUCAGAGUCUGAGCUGACGGCUGGAGGGAAGGCUGCGGAAGCUAAGACCGAAAGGGGCCCCAUCUUUCCAGAAGCAGUGAACGAGGAGGAGAGGGUUGAAGUGGAGAAGCCGGUGGCUGGGGAAAGGGAAGUGGUGGAGGAACACAGAGGGGUAGAGGAGGCAAAGGACGAGGCAGGGCCCCCAACCCGGACUGAGGGUCUCCCCCGGAAAGCCCUGGAGUCCAACCAGCUGGAAGUGGAUGCCGGGAACGCUCAGGCUGACCCGGCCUUCCUCCAGGUGGAGCGCAGGUACAGGCGCGUGCGUCAACACUACCUCCAGUGGAGGAAGCACGUCAUUCGGCACAUCCCCGGCUUCUGGGUCACUGCCUUUCGGAACCACCCACGGCUAUCUGCCCUGAUUAGCGGCAGAGAUGCAGAGAUACUCAGCUACUUAGCCAAAUUGGAGGUGAAAGAGCUCAGACAUCCUCAGAUGGGCUAUAAAUUCAAGUUCCUCUUUCGAAGAAACCCAUACUUCAGAAACAAGUGGCUUGUGAAGGAAUACGAGGUCACACCCUCCGGCCAAGUGGUGUCUCUUUCCACUCCGAUCAUAUGGCACCCGGGUCAUGAAGCCCAGGUCUUCCUUUGUAGGAACCAAGACCUCAUGUGUGGCUUUUUGGCCUGGUUUUCAGACAACAGCCUUCCAGAGCCUGACAGGAUUGCUGAGAUUAUCAAAGAGGAUCUCUGGCCAAAGGCACUGCAAUACUACCUACUGGAUGAAGCGCCCCAUAGAGCUAGACUUCUCCAGAUCAGGGAACCAGUGGAGACCCCCAGGCCCCCUGGGUUCCCAUCUGGCUAACCUCUGCUCUUGGGAAUACUCCCACGCAGGUCCCCUGCCACCUCCUGCCUGACCGGGGCGUGGCUACAGCAAGGGUAUGCCCUUUACUGGUUUUGUGCUGACCUUUCUACACCUUCCCUCCACUGGACAUUCCGUUCUCUCAGCUUUCAAGACGGAGACCUUCGUGGCCACGCUGCCCCACUUCCCCAUGGUCUCCUUGAUGUCCUGCGUUAAUGCUACAUGCGGCACCGUGUGACUCACCUUCUUCUAGGCCAAACAAGCGUAGAUUUCUCUGCUUUUGUCAGCAUUGCUUACACACUGUUCCCACGGCUUCUGGUCUCGUUACUACCACCUGGAUUUUCAGCUGUGUUUAAGAGCCUGUUCUACUCAUUCUGCUCUGCACAUGGCCUGUGGACAACUGCUGGGCAUUCAGUAAAGUCAAGAGAGAACAGCAGUGCACUGCUUGGUCUCUGAUUUAGGCAACCGCAUUGCUCUUCCUGCUUCUCUGAUCACCUGUUGCUGCCUGGAUACACCCGCCCGCCUUAGGUUGCUGCCUGCUGGAUGAACAUUUUUUAGACCUUGUCAGGUCCACUUUCUAGUUUUUGGUAAACAAGAAUCUUCAGAAUUGGUGGUAGACCCAGGUUUCCUGCAAGCAUGUAGAAGACCUUUCUG